ACAAAUACAUACACACAUACAUACAAGAUGUCUAUGUUUAGAGAUAUUAUCGAUGGUGACUGUGGCGAACCGAAUGCCUUGGGCAACUUUGUCCAACAGUUCACAACAGACAAGACAGGUCUAUAUCAUGUAUGUUUGUUGAUUCACGAGGGUCUGCCUUGGGAGACAGACUACCUGCAACAAGACCAAGGCGUGCCUCAGGGAUUGGUGGAGGAGCAUCACGAGACAUAUGAGCAGGCUUGGGAGGACGCAGAGCACGACGACGACUUUGACAACGCCUGGUUCAGAGAGGAGGACCUGGAACCAUUCGAUCACGCAUGGAACGAAUCUGAGGAUCUGGAUGCAGCGUGGGACCAGACAACCAAGCAAUCACUGAGCGAAAUCACCGAGUCCAUUGGCAGGAUCAACGACCCCAAGCUCAAGAAGUCAAACUUUAUGCGAUUCAUCAAUCAGCUGAACAGUGGCGAGGCGCAGAUCGUCGGAAACACCGUCGUACACAACGAGAACUUUGUUCCGCAGGCAUUGGAGGAGGACAAUGAGCUGUGGGAGGAAGGGUACACCAACUUCCACGACACUGUCUCUGACGAGCGACUGCAAGAGUAUCAAUUCAUCAUUGAUCACCCACGCGAGGAGGACACGUUCGAGUCUGGCAUGGACCUGUUCAAUCAAGGUCUAAUCAACGAUGCCAUCGUCACACUGGAGAGCGAGGUUAUGCGCAACCCGGACAACGCCGAGGCCUGGAUGUUCCUUGGCAUUGCACACGCCGAGAACGACAAGGAUCAACAAGCAAUCACAUGUUUGCUAAAGUCAAUCGAUCUUGAUCCAACCAAUUUGAAAGCAAGACUUGCAUUGGCAGUCAGCUAUACAAAUGACUACCAGAAGGAUAGAGCAUUAGAGACAUUGGAGGAGUGGCUAAAGAGGAGCCAACAGUAUAGACACAUCAACAUUGAGAUACCUCACGAUGAGGAUGGAGAGGGAUCGUACAUGGACACUUGGCGCAGACAUCGUCAUACGUCCGAGUUGUUCCUGGAAGCUGCAAGGAUACGCCCCAAUGACCCAGACCCCGAGGUGCAGACGGCAUUGGGUCUGCUCUACAACAUGUCCUACGAGUACGACAAGGCAGUCGAUUGUUUCAAGGCGGCGCUGCAGAACAAUCCAUCUGACUACCAGCUGUGGAACAAGCUGGGCGCCACCCUGGCCAACAGCAACCGCAGCCAAGAGGCAUUGGGCGCAUACUUUCAAGCACUCGAGCAGAAGCCCAGUUAUGUGCGCGCUCGCUCCAAUCUAGGCAUCAGCUACCUGGCGCUAAACAUGUAUAACGAAGCUGCCCAAACGUUCUUGGGUGCACUGUCCAUCCACCCCGAGGCCGUCCACAUCUGGGACAACCUCAAGAUGGUGUUCCGUCUGAUGGGUCGCGACGACCUUGUCGAGAAGGUCGAGCGCAGAGAUGUCAAUGAAUUUGCCCAAGACUUCAAGUUUAUGUAA